GUCAGCAGCUCCAGGAUGUGGCGAGUCAGAAUGUUCCUGCUGUUCCUGUCCACCUGGGGGAUUUCUAGCUCACCGACCCCUCUCGACCCAGUGUUCUCCAGCAGUGAGCGUGCCCACCAGGUGUUACGGACCAAACGUGCCAACAGCUUCCUGGAGGAGAUGAGGCCGGGCAACCUGGAACGGGAGUGUAUGGAGGAGAUCUGUGACUUUGAGGAAGCCAAGGAGAUUUUCCAAAAUGUGGAUGACACACUGGCCUUCUGGAUCAAGUACUUUGAUGGUGACCAGUGCGCGGCUCCACCCUUGGACCACCAGUGCGACGGCCCGUGCUGUGGCCACGGCACGUGCAUCGACAGUCUGGGCAGCUUCAUCUGCCUCUGCCACAAGGGCUGGGAGGGCAAGUUCUGCCAGCAGGGUGAGGGGCCCCGGGGAGGCAGCGGGGUGGGGUGGGGUGGGGAACCGGUGGUAGGGUCACCGCGAGCUAUCCGGACUCCCUGUCGCACAGAACGCGGCUUCCACGACUGCCAGGUGCACAACGGCGGCUGCGCGCACUACUGCCUGGAGGAGGGCGGCGGGAGGCGCUGCACCUGCGCACCGGGCUACGAGCUGGCGGAUGACCACAUGCGCUGCAAGCCCACCGUGAGCUACCCAUGCGGGAAGCUGUGGAGGCGGAUAGAGAAGAAACGCAAGAACGUCAAAAGGGACGCAGACGAAGAGUACGAGCUAGACCCGGGUCCGAGGAUCAUCAACGGAACUCUCACGAAGCAGGGAGACAGUCCUUGGCAGGCCAUCCUUCUGGACUCCAAGAAGAAGCUGGCCUGCGGAGGGGCGCUCAUUCACACCUCCUGGGUGCUGACGGCGGCCCACUGCGUGGAGAACACCAAGAAGCUCACCGUGAGGCUGGGCGAGUAUGAUCUGCGGCGCAGGGACCACUGGGAAUUGGACCUGGACAUUAAGGAGAUCCUAAUCCACCCUAACUACAGUCGGAGCACCAGUGACAAUGACAUCGCACUGCUCCGCCUGGCCCAGCCAGCCACUCUCUCUAAGACCAUCGUGCCCAUCUGCCUGCCAGACAACGGCCUGGCAGAGCGUGAGCUCACGCGGGCUGGCCGGGAGACGGUGGUGACAGGCUGGGGCUAUCAGAGUGACAAGGACAAGGAGGGCAGGAGGAACCGCACGUCUGUCCUCACCUUCAUCCGCAUCCCCGUGGCCCCGCGGAACGAGUGCAUGCAGGUCAUGAACAACGUGGUCUCGGAGAACAUGCUGUGCGCCGGCAUCCUUGGUGACAGCAGAGACGCCUGCGAGGGGGACAGUGGGGGGCCGAUGGUGGUCUUCUUUCGGGGCACCUGGUUCCUGGUGGGCCUGGUGAGCUGGGGCGAGGGCUGUGGGCAACUCAACAACUAUGGCGUCUACACCAAAGUAAGCCGCUACCUCGAGUGGAUCCACGGCUACAUUGGGGACAAGGAAGUCUCCCUGAAGAGCCAGGGGCUGUAGCGCCCGCUCCAUGCCCAUCCCUGGACCUCUCUCUUGAAGGGAGGCUGGGCUAGUGCAUACCAAGGCGGAGGACAUUAAAGGGACGCGCAGCCAACACAGCUGCCCGAGUU